AUGGAUGCUGCGGGAAGGGGCUGCCAUUUGCUGCCCCAGCCAGCGGCGCGCUGACCUGCCCAGACUCCUGCAGUCGCCGCCGCCGGCCCCGGUCCUUGCAGCCGCUCCACCUCAGCUCGGUCCGUGGUUCCUGGAGCCGCCGACAUGAACACUAGCUCCGGGAGCGGAGAGGAGAAAGGGGCUGCCGGCAGCAGCAGCAGCGGAAGCGGCGGCGGCGGUGGCGGGAGCUGCUGCCGUGGAGCCGAGGGCGGUGUACCGGACACGCGGAGCGCAGGGGCUGGAGCCUCGGCGGCGGCGGCGGCGGUGGCGGCGGCGGCUGCAGCUGCCGCCCUGGACGAUCCUCAGGCCACCGGCCAGAAGGAGAAGGAUGAAGCUCUGGAGGAGAAGCUGAGAAACUUAACUUUCCGGAAGCAGGUCUCUUACAGGAAGGCAAUCUCUCGGUCAGGCCUCCAGCAUUUGGCUCCAGUGCAUUCCCUCAGCCUACCUAUUGCCAAUGGUCCAGCGAAGGAACCCAGAGCAACACUAGACUGGAGUGAGAAUGCUGUGAAUGGAGAACAUCUGUGGCUGGAGACCAAUGUCUCAGGAGACCUGUGUUACCUCGGGGAGGAAAACUGUCAAGUCAAGUUUGCAAAAUCAGCUCUCAGGAGGAAGUGUGCAGUCUGUAAAAUUGUGGUCCACACAGCCUGUAUGGAGCAGCUAGAAAAGAUUAAUUUCAGAUGCAAACCAACUUUCCGAGAAGGAGGCUCAAGAUCUCCAAGAGAAAAUUUUGUCCGUCAUCACUGGGUACACAGACGGCGCCAAGAGGGAAAAUGUAAGCAGUGUGGUAAGGGGUUCCAGCAGAAAUUCUCCUUUCACAGUAAAGAGAUUGUGGCCAUCAGCUGUUCCUGGUGUAAACAGGCGUUUCACAACAAGGUUACCUGCUUCAUGAUGCAUCACAUUGAGGAGCCAUGCUCCCUGGGGGCUCAUGCUGCUGUCAUUGUCCCACCUACCUGGAUCAUUAAGGUGAAGAAACCUCAGAAUUCAUUAAAGGCUUCAAAUCGGAAGAAGAAGAGGACAAGCUUUAAAAGGAAAAGCCAGAAAAAGAGGAGCUGAAGUGACCAGAAAAUAAAGGGCCGGCCAUUUGUGAUAAAACCCAUCUCCUCUCCACUCAUGAAACCACUGCUCAUAUUUGUGAAUCCCAAGAGUGGAGGCAACCAGGGGACCAAAAUUCUCCAGAUGUUCAUGUGGUAUCUGAAUCCACGGCAGGUCUUUGAUCUUUCUCAGGAAGGGCCAAGAGAUGCGCUCGAGCUGUAUAGAAAAGUGCCGAAUCUUCGAAUCCUGGCCUGUGGUGGGGAUGGAACGGUCGGUUGGAUCCUUUCCAUCCUCGAUGAACUUCAACUCAGUCCCCAGCCUCCUGUUGGGGUUCUUCCUCUGGGUACUGGAAAUGACCUGGCUCGAACUCUCAACUGGGGAGGGGGUUACACAGAUGAACCUGUCUCCAAGAUAUUGUGCCAUGUGGAAGAUGGGACUAUUGUGCAGCUAGAUCGAUGGAAUCUCCAUGUAGAAAGAAACCCCGAUUUGCCCCCUGAAGAACUUGAAGAUGGUGUAUGCAAGCUUCCCCUCAAUGUUUUCAAUAAUUACUUCAGCCUUGGAUUUGAUGCUCACGUUACACUGGAAUUCCAUGAAUCCCGAGAAGCAAAUCCAGAGAAAUUCAACAGUCGCUUUAGAAAUAAAAUGUUUUACGCAGGGGCAGCUUUUUCUGACUUCCUGCAGAGAAGUUCCAGGGAUUUAUCCAAACAUGUCAAGGUUGUGUGUGAUGGAACAGACCUCACCCCAAAGAUUCAGGAGCUGAAGUUCCAAUGUAUAGUGUUUUUAAAUAUACCCAGGUAUUGUGCAGGCACAAUGCCUUGGGGAAAUCCAGGAGAUCACCUGGAUUUUGAACCUCAGCGCCAUGAUGAUGGCUAUAUUGAGGUCAUUGGAUUCACUAUGGCUUCUUUGGCUGCCCUGCAAGUUGGAGGCCAUGGAGAAAGGCUACAUCAGUGCCGGGAGGUAAUGCUACUAACAUACAAAUCCAUCCCCAUGCAAGUAGACGGAGAGCCCUGUAAGUUGGCCCCAGCUCUGAUUCGGAUAUCCCUGAGAAAUCAGGCCAAUAUGGUGCAGAAGAGCAAGAGGAGAACAUCCAUGCCUUUACUUAAUGAUCCCCAUUCUGUCCCAGACCGCCUGCGGAUCCGAGUGAACAGAAUUAGUUUACAAGACUAUGAAGGCUUGCACUAUGACAAAGAAAAGCUCCGGGAAGCUUCUAUCCCUCUGGGUAUUCUAGUUGUGCGAGGAGACUGCGAUUUGGAAACUUGUCGUAUGUACAUUGACCGCCUACAGGAGGACCUGCAGUCAGUUCCUUCUAGUGCCCAGAGAGUUCAUUACCAGGAUCAGGAAACCUCUUUCCCCAGAGCUCUUUCAGCUCAGAGACUUUCCCCCAGGUGGUGCUUCCUAGAUGCUACUUCUGCUGAUCGAUUUUAUCGAAUAGACAGAGCUCAGGAACAUUUGCACUUUGUGAUGGAAAUUUCACAAGAUGAGAUUUUUAUCCUGGAUCCAGAUAUGGUGGUAUCACAGCAAGCAGGGACACCGCCAGGGAUGCCCGAUCUGGUGGUAGAACAGGCUUCUGGGAUUUCAGAUUGGUGGAACCCUGCUCUCCGAAAACGCAUGCUGAGUGACAGUGGCUUGGGAAAGAUGUCACCACACUUUGAUGUUUCUGAGAAGAAAGACUUCAGCCACUCACACAUGCUACCGUCGCCAGUCUCUUCAGAAGAUCAAGCACUUGUGCAGGCAGUCAUAGCUGGAGAUCUAAUGAAGCUCAUAGAAUGCUAUAAGAAUGGAGGUAGUCUACUUAUCCAGGGACCGGAUCACUGUUCACUUCUUCACUACGCAGCUAAAACGGGGAAUGGAGAUAUUGUGAAAUACAUCCUUGACCAUGGUCCUUCUGAAUUAUUGGAUAUGACAGAUAGUGAAACGGGAGAGACAGCAUUGCAUAAGGCUGCCUGCCAGCGGAACCGGGCUGUCUGCCAACUCCUGGUGGAUGCAGGGGCAUCUCUGAGAAAGACGGAUUCCAAGGGCAAGACCCCUCAAGACAGAGCCCAGCAGGCUGGGGACCCAGAUCUGGCUUCAUACCUAGAGAGUCGUCAGAGCUACAAGAUCAUUACCCAUGAAGAUCUAGAGACUGCAGUUUGACUUAGGUAGAAGGAAGAAGGGAACUCUGGUGAGAAUAACAACAAUGCCCCUCGGCAAUCCGGCAGCUCCUGUGGAAGAAACUGAUGGAACCAAUGGGUCUAUCUUUAUCAUGCAAGAUAUCUAUCUGAGGACAUGCCACCAGUUUCUAAGGGCUACUGAGAUGCACCACGGAAUACAAUAGCCCCCAGGGAAUAAGGCAGGAUUCAUGGAGGUUUGUGGAAUACCUGGUCCACAAAAUGUGAUCCUUAUUGCUUCCAGCAAGUAGCAUGAACUUCUGUGUUCACCUGUAUAAUUUAUUUUAAAGUCAGAAAGGAUGUUCCUAUAAAUGGCACUGCUCCUCUUCCCCUUCUGCACAGAAUGGCCCCCCAACAUCCACACAGCCCUACUACUAUCUGUUGGUCAGUUUGAAAUCAAAAGGAUGUCUGUUCUCUGAACAGUCAGGCUUCACAGCUAAUAUGGUUUCUGGAAGGACUUUCAAGGAGCUCUAGAUGGCCCACAAAAUAUGUGACUCUGCUUCAGUUUCCUAUGACGAAAUUCAUCUAAAAUAUUUAGUAGCUAGGGAGUGUUCUCCCUUUUUGCAUGGGUUCCUCUCUUCCUUUUCCAUCUUAUGGGAACUGAGAAGUACCUCAUGGAUGAUGUCCUGAUAAAUUGUGUCCUGAUACAUCUCCGUUAUGGUAAAAUCACAUGGUUUGAUCAUAUGAUCAGUGAGCAGGGCUCUGAGUUACCUCUCUAAGGCACCCAAAGUGGUAUAUUGGGGUUUGGGGUUUCUGCCCAUGGCAACAAAGGAAUGAUUCAGCUUGGGCUUUUUUUAGAGCUGAGUACUGCCCAUGUGUAGCCAUUUUUGCCUUCUGGUGCAAUGGAAUUAAAGGAUGGAGGGAACAAAGUCAGAGAUUUGGCACAACUACCGACUUCUGAAAGGUAGGAGACAGAGAGAGAGAGAGAGAGAGAGAAGUCGACAAUCAUGUAUUUGAAAAACUGUGGGAAUAGGUAAUGGGAUAUUGUGGCAGAAUUUAUUUCCAAACCUGUUUCAUGAAGAGGCUUAGCAUAAAAUAGUGAAAAAGAAAAUGACAAUAUUUAAGAAGACUCAUUUAAGAAAAAUGGCAGCCAUUGGUAUUCUAACCAGUGCUAUUCUACCCUACCAUCUUGGGUACAAUAGUCUUAGGAAGCCUCUUGUUAGGUGUCUCCUUCAGCUUUUAGUUUUUUUUUUUUUAAUCACUGUAUUAGAAACACAUUAUCCCAACAAUGAGAGAACCACAGCCUCUGUACCCUCUAUUUCUUUUCUACUGCCACAACUUGGCAAUAUCCAAGACUCUUCACAAUUGAUUCUCUUUACCAUACUGCAUGUCAGGUACCAAAGUUGCAUCUUAAACACUCUUGGCACAAUGUCGGCACCAUUAACAGCCUCAUUUUCUAGGGGAAAAGAAGUGUUUUGCAUCCCCUUUUCUUCCUUCUCCUUUCCACAACCUAUAACUGGAGAAAUCUUAGAUGGAUGAUGUAUGACAGUGUUGCUUUCAUCAGUGGAGUAGGGUUGUCCCUUCUACCACCUCAGCUCAUAGUCUGUGCACAGGUCUAUGUGGGUUUAUACUGACCAGGAUCUUAGUGCUCAUUGGAACUCAUGAAAACAUCACCUGCUUUGGGGCAAACAGUCUUGGCUUUGCUUCUGUAUAAGCAGCAGAGAUGGAAUGUUUAUGAUUCCUUUACUGGGUGUGCAAAGACUUUGCUAUUGCCUAAAAGUGACCCUCUCUUAGUCUCCAUCCCAUCUCCUCUCAUUGGACAUGAAUAAAGCGUUUUCCUAGUGUUUCUGCAUGUGAACUUAAAUUAUUGUCUUUCUAUUUUUAACUUACAGGUCCAGUGGUAAUGCAUUGAUCUACUGGUUAUUUGAAUUAAAUUUUGUUUCUAUACUAUAAUUUUCAAGUAUAGAUUAGAUACGCUCUGUAAAAUAAUGAUUAUCCCAAAAUAGUUGGGGAUUAUAAUCUCAAUGUCCCCAGUCACUUCAAAUUGCAUUAUUGGCAUUAUUUCAACUGUGGGAGAAAAGGGCAGGUUGUGAAUGAUCUGUUUCUACAUAUCAACCUUCAGAAUUGGAAAUUGGGGAAAGGUGAAUGGAGAAACUGUAGUAGAUUAUUUCCAAAAAGCUGGAAAAAAAUUAUGCUCCAGAAGAAUUUAAUCCCUGGUGCUUCUUUGCUGGAAGUUUUUCAAAUGCUAAGUCUGUCAGGAAGAGGUAGGGAAGAAAAAUAUAAUCUAGUCAUAAAACCAAUUUUGAAUCUGGCUUUUGAGGAGGCACUUGGCAAUGCAAUUGCUUCCAUAGCUAGCAGUGCUUUGUGUGCUCUAUGUGUGUGUGUGUGUGUGUGUGUGUGUGUGUGUGUUUUCAGGGCUGUGGUGAGGUGAAAAACUUCAUUUCUGAUGAUGAGGGUCUUGAAUUUUUCUAUGAGUUCACCCAAACAUCUCCUACAUAAGGAAAAGGUACAAGUUCUAGUACUGGCAACCUCAGUUCUGGAAGGCAGCCCCAAUUCUAGAAGUAAAGAUGUUCAUAUUAUGAAGUAUGAGUGAGGUGUUGACUGCUGAGAGGCCCUGGGGCAUUGAGAAACUGUUCUCUAUGCAAAUAAAGGUAUUAGAAUUCCAACUUGUAUAGUUAAGGAAUUUUUUUUUUUCAAAAAUAAACACUGGUUUGUUGCAAACAUGUAUGGAAGAAAACCUCAUUUUUAAUGUGACCAUAACAUUAAAUUAACCUCCAGUGGCACACUUUGAUUUAUUUCAUUGGUAUAGGGAGUUCUGUAUUGGACACUUCUCUACCAAUGCUAAAUGACCCCUUCUCUAUAAUGUAAAGUCUUAGAUAGAUAAAUAAAAACCAAGAGGUUAAAUCACUUGUCUAGAGUUGCACAGACAGUAUGUGUCAGAAUCAAACCUUGAAUUUAGGUCUUUCUUGCUCCAAAGCCAGCUCUCCACUUCACCAUACUGUCUCUAACUUUCCAUAGCAUUUGUCCAAUUGGCCGAAUGGGUGUGACACAGUACACUGUUCAGUUGUACAAAUGGGUGUGACACAAUAUAAUCAAACCUUACAAUUCAAGAGUUUACCACUCACUGUCUAAGUAUCUGUAUUCUCUGGGUUAGGAUAUAUGCCAAGUUCAUGAGAAAAAACUAACUACACCUCCUUGGAAACACACUUAAGCUUAAUUUAGGACACACACCCAUGAAAAUGGCAUUUUCCCAAAAGCACAGAGACAAGUCUCCUGCAUGGCUUUACAUGUUGGUUGUAUCCCUUUGUGGUAUGUGUUCUAAGAGUCUUUCCUGUGGUGGCCUUAUCAGCUCCUAUUUAGCUUGGACUGAUGAAGAGUUGAGAAAUAGGCUGCUCUUAUUCCAACACAACUUUAUAUAACUUUGAAGGGGUGUUAGCUAUAUUUGCAGCUUCUUGUUCCGGUAUUGCACAUUUAAGAAACAGAACCCAAUGAGAAUGUACUUCUUCACAUCCCUAGGGACAUGGUAAAGGAUAGAGCUGAGUGAGUAGUCAGACAGGGAGGAAAUAGACAUAGCAGGCAGAGAAUUUUCAAUGGGAAGUUCUAUUUACCUACAUAAAUGAUGAGAAGCCUGGAACAAAAGCCAGCUUUCAAACUGGCCACAUUGAAACAAAUUGAAAACUCAAACUUUGCCUCAUAACUGGAUUUGGUGCAGAGCCAGAACUGUUUGUGUUAGUUAUGAGAACUUUAAUAUGUGAUUUAGACCUAGAAAGGAUGGCUUUGCCUACAGCGUUUCUGAAGCUUAUUCAUUAGAAGCUUUGCAAUACCCAUAUCUGAGGACAUAUGGGGCUUCAGCCUGUAUUGAUUUAGGAAAUAAAUGUAAAGGCCAUAAUGAAGUCAAGAUGUUACUAGUAGUGGAUAACAUUGCCUUGGUUAUUGCCUCAGAGCCAAACAUCUAAGCUUCUAUUAUGUGUGGUUGAAUCAGAGACUAGCAUGCUUUUCCAUUGAUGAAUAGCAUUUUAAAUAUAUUAAAAUCAUGCAUUAUAACCAUCAUGUAGCACUACUAUAUUUAAAUAGAUCAUUAGAAAUCUAGAGCAAGAUAGAGAGAAAAACAAACACCCAAGUACAAUUUAAUACCUUUCUCACUACAUACUAAUUGUUCUCUAUUGCAGCUUAAUGCAACCUUCAUUUUCCUCAGGCCUGAGCACAUAUCACUCUGAAUCUCUACUCGAAUUUAGGAAGCUCAAGUACCUCUGGCCAACUAACUCUUCUUUUGCAUCAAACCUUUUUUCAGGUAGUUCCCUGCAAUGUUUUAUCUUCUGCCUAUAUUGAGAACCCCAAGCAAUUAUUUACAUGUUAAAAUUUACAGAGUGAUGCCUCAUCUCAGUUCAAACUAUUCAUACUGUUUAGUCUAUUAAUUAAAGGAGGGGCAGGUUUAGCUGACUUUUUUCAUAUCCUUGGUUAUAUAGAAGAUACUGUGCUCUCUUACAUCCUAUCUCAUCCCAUAACAGAACAGAAAGAGAAGUCAAAACUACAUGGUACAGUGAUCCCACAAUCAUUUUUUCCCUGAUCACCAGUUUCCUUGUCAUCGAACUCAUUAGUCUGAUCCCCUGCUCUCAUGAGUUAUCUAUCAAGCUACUUACCAGUAAAUAUGUUGCCCUUGAAAACUAUCACUUACAGAGUCCAUUUGUCUCAGCUCCCUAAUGCAGGUUACUUUCUGUUCAAGGACAUGUUAUUAAUCAACUCAGAAGAUAAUUUUAAAAACAUAGUUAAGAAGAACAUAACUUUCUAGAGAUAUGAGUUUUCCCUUACAACUUAUAUCAGUAACAUGAUCUAUACAAAAUGUUUUAAUGGCCAAUCUCUUGAUCAAUCAACAAACAUUUAUUAAGCAUCCGUGUGCUAGGCAAAAGUUCAAAUGCCAUAUCUAUGUAUCACCCUCAGUUAAAAGAAAGCAGUUAUCUUGAGUAUCAAAUAAAUUUCACCUGGAUGGUUUCCUGAGGCGUCAGUAAUCUCUUAUUGUAGGGGCAGCUAGGUGGUACAGUAGAUAAAGCACUGGCCCUGGAUUCAGGAGGACCUGAGUUCAAAUCCGGCCUCAGACCCUUGACACUUACUAGCUGUGUGACCUUGGGCAAGUCACUUAACCCUUAUAGCCCCCCCCCCCCAAGUCUCUUAUUGUAGUUGUGGCUUUCAAAGACAACUGAGAGGAAAUAAGGACAGUUUCUUCAAGAGAAAACUCCUCAUUCUUUUCACUCCCUAAUUAGAAGCUUCAAGAGGAGGACUGCCUCCCAUGUAGUGAAUAUUUUUGGUGGUAAUCAUGUGUGAAAUAGGAAAAACCCCCACAAUUCUGCAUUUAACACAGUGCCUGGCACAUAGUAGGUGCUUUCUAAAUGUUAAUUGAAUUGAAUUGUCUUCCAUAGCCCCAAAUUAAAUCAAAUUCAUUUAUGUAAGUAUGAAACAAUCAACUCAUAUUUGCCAAAUAAUUAAUAUGUGUUACAACACUUUACUCAAUACUUUGAGUGAACGAGAAAAAGUUGAAGACCUAGUCCAUGUGCUCAAGAGAUGGUUAGGGAGAUUUGACUACACAAAUGUCACUUUGCAGUUAUAAUAAUCAUAGGACAAACAAAGCUUUUCCUGAGGAUAUAACAGAAUUCCUACAAAAAGUGAAUGAUUUUCCUGGGUCUUGUCUCAAGAUGCUCCAGUAGGGUAUGGCAUACCUAAACCUGGGUGCCAUCUGUCAUCAUCUCAUCACCAUGGUGCUGCUCUCUCAGGCAAUAGCCAUGCCCUCCUGGAAAGAUUGCCCCCUCAGUGAGACUGUCCUUUAAGGUAUAUCCUCCCACAUUCUCUAGGCCACAGUGCUCCUUAACCAAUGCCCUUCUUUGCCCUCUAGUAUGUCAGAGGUAAGAUUUGAACCUAAAUCCUCUUGACUCCAAGUCUAGCUCUUUAUCCUCUAUGCCACACUACCUCUCUAAGACUGCCCUAUAAACUACAAAUGUCAAGUGGAGAGGAAGGGCAGUCAGGGAGUGGUCAGGGAAGGGAGUGGUCAUUUUGCUAUUUCUUAAAGACAGAAUUUUAACAAGUGAGGUAGAACUAAAUUACUUUAUGAUCUUUCAUGCUAAAUAAAGAGUAUGAAAUAGGGAGCCCUUGAAUGUUUCUGUUCAGUAAAUGAAUAUGUAAGGUGAGUGGGAAUAGGAAAUGAUUCAUAGUGGGGAAACCACAUAGGAGUAGUACAAGAAUGAGGUACUGAGGUCCUGACUGAAAUAGUAGCAUUGAGAAUGGAGAGGAAGAUAUGUAUAUGAGAUAUCUUUCAAAGGAGAAAUCAGCAGUAACUUUAAGUUAAGUAAUCUUCCAUUUACGAACCUUAGGAAGAUGGAGAAAAAAUGAGUCAAAGAUGAUUCUCCAAGGAUUUGAUCCUAGGUCCCUGGAAUUGUACUUGUACCACUGAUAGAAUGAGGAGGGAGAGAGGGAGGGAGGGAAGGAGGGAGGGAGAGAAAGAGAGAGAGAAAGAGAGAGAGAGAGAGAGAGAGAGAGAGAGAGAGAGAGAGAGAGAGAACGCAGAAAGCAAAGCAAAGAACUGAACUGAACCUUAGGAAAUGGCCACAAUUAGAACAUGAAAGGAAAAAGAAAAAACAAAGAAGGAAAUAGAACAGGAGCCAGAGAAAUAGGAAGAUAGUAACAGUACAGUAGAAAACAAGGAAGAAGAAGAAUCAAAUUCAACAGAGGUGUCAAGGAAAAUGAGCAUGUGUUGUACUAUUCUACUUAUAUUUUAAAAAAUCACCCUACUAUACCUCAAAACUUGCAUAGCUACCUCCUUCACCAGUCACACAAACUGAAAAUGUCUUAUUGUUUUUGAAUCUUUGAUAAAUCUGUGAUCUCAUUACUAUGAACAUUCCUUCCAAUGGUAGAAAUCACAAGUUUUCCACACCCCCUAAUCCUGUGUGAUUUUCAUGCAUCUCUCAUGUCCUUCUGCAACUGCUUCAGAGAGAUCACACUUAUACUGGAAGUAUUCCAUUGGUUCUUUUUUUCAUUAUGUUUAUAUUAUGGGGAAAAGCCAUGAAAUCCUUUGGAUGAUGGAAGAGUUAUUAAAAUUCCUAAUUGUAUUUUUUUAAAUGAACUUAGAAUGGAAUAAACAUUAUUUCUAGAAUUGGAACUCAGGUAUUAGAAGAUCAAGCAUUGAGAAUACUAACAGUUGUUAUGCUAAAUGCAUUUUCCUUUCUUCCUUGCUUCACUGUAUAAGAAACAGGGGACUGCAUAGGAAUGAAAGCUAAUUUAGUGUCCAUUUUAUAUAUUACUAUGGUCAAUAAAUUAUCUGAUGCCCAACUCAUUAGUUAUGAGAUACUACACUUUUAAUGAGAUUGUUCAUUAGAUGAAGCAGAAGUUGCCAGUAGGCUUAUACUUAAAGCCAUGGCCUGCCAGACCCAGGAGGUACUUAAUCUGGGUGUCCAAUUAUAGGUAGAGAGAGCUAUUUGUAUAAUUCUCAUUCAUAUUCUCUCUCUCUCUCUCUCUCUCUCUCUCUCUCUCUCUCUCUCUCUCUCUCUCUCUCUCUCUCCCUCCCUCCCUCCCUCCCUCCCUCCUCUCUUCCUGAUAGUAGGGCAAGAAUGCCCCCACUUUCUUUCUUAGUGGCUGCAAAAAUGGUUUUAAAGAUAAUGAAAUCUGAAAGUUUUCUUCCAUCAACCUGCUAUUUCUUUUUAAAGAAUGGCCAACAGCUGAUAUUACCGUCACUGGGUAUAGAAUUCUAAAGCCACACUUUCCACAAUCAAGAAAAGGAGUUCCCAAAACAGUGAAAACUUGGUGACUACUUGUCAGCAAUAUUGGUAAAGGGAAUUGCUCUUCAGGCAUACGUUGGACUAGAUGACCUCUGAGGACACCUUCCAGCUCUGAGACAAAACAAUUUUUUAAAACCAAUCUUUUUGUAAUCAGAUUGUCAUCUUUUCUCCAGGACACAACCCAAUUCCCUAUAUAUUUCAAAGUUGAGUUAAUGGGGGAGGUAUUUAAUUUUUUUUUCAGAGAAAAUUGAAUGGGAACAGGGUAGAAGAAAUUUUGAUGUCAACCAUUCAUUUUAGUUCAUUUUUCAAGAGCCUGAAUAGAUUUUAAGUGUCAUCCAAUCCCAAAAACUCCUUGUAUAGAUGAGGAAAGUGAGUCCCAUUUAAGUUUAAUGACUCACCUAAAGUUACUGUAGCUAGCUACAGAGAACUUGAACUCUCAUCUCCUAAUGCCUAAGCCAAGACUACAGCAUAUUGAUUUGAUGUUGACUUUUCUUAUCAAUUUUAUACUGUUUGUAUAAGAAUUAGUAUGAAUUCAAGAGGCCAUAUUUAAACUUCAAUUACUUUGAGCACAUGGAAAGGGGUUGGUGCCUUUUGAUAAUAGUUCUCCACUUUUUUGUAUGUAUACACAAUUAAUUAUUCAUGGAAAACAUUCAGCUCUAACCUUUUAAAUCUUCCAUAUUAUAAGAAGGAUGUCCUGAAGCCCAUGAGAAAAGGAAAGGGUCCUGAAAAUUGCUAAUUGUUUUUUUUAAUGGCCUACAAAAGUACUAAAUAUUGCUGCUAGCAUUGUAUUAUAGUAUGUCCACUCAUACAUUUCUUAGUAAAGACAAAGUAGAUACAUGCAUUGUUCUUUUUCCAGUGGAAAUACUUCACUUUAUAUUCAUUCUCAGAUUUAAGCUUAAUAUAUAAAUGCUAAUCAAGGAACAGAAAAAAAAUUCAUCCUGAAAGGAAUUUGGGGGGCAAAUAGUGUACAUUGAUGAAUGGAAAAUACAAUGGAGCAUAAGCCUACAUCAGCCCACAACAAUUCAGUCUAUAUAAAAUCUGGGCAAUAGGAACCAACCAUAAGAGGAGAUAUUUACAUCAAUGUAUUGGUUCAAUCCACAUUUUGUAUUCUCCAAACAUAAAAGUGUUUAACAGAUAAGGACUGGGCUAAUGAGUUCAUUGAUUUAGGGAUCUAAAUGCCCACUGCCAAAUGGAGGACAGUGUCUUCUCUGCAACUUCUAGUUUUAGAGAGUUGCCCCUAACAGUGGCAUCAAAUUUGAGUAGAAAUAGAGCUACUAAACUAUAUUUAAGGAUGGUGCCUGUAGGUUGUAUGAUGACUUAGAAGGCUACACAUUAACAUUAUAUUCCAUUGGUUUGGUUUGGUUUGGUUUGGUUUGGUUUGGUUUUGGCAAGGCAAUUGGGGUUAAGUGACUUGCCUGGGGUCACACAGCUAGUAAAUGUUAAGUGUC